GUCAAAACCCUUUAAAACCCCAAAAGCUCAAAUGCAUCUCACUCUCGCGAAUAUUACUAGUUCUGUCUUUUGUUUACCAGACCCCAAUUCAUGAAAAUGGAGAAGUCCUUCACUCUGGUUCAGACAGUUGUCACUGCAACGGUCUUCUCUGCGGUUUCCGGCUGGUACGGGUUCAUGUUCGGGAGAGAAUCUGCUCGCAAAGAGCUCGGCAGCUUGAUCGACGAUCUUCGCCGUCAAAAUCCCAACUCCGACCCUCCACCACCACCUCAUGCUUGAAUUCACUGGGUGCUUGGGUCAAGGUUGAUGGCAUCAAGUGGGCAGUGAGGAAGUCACUUUGAUCCUUAAAGCUUGGAACUGAGAAAAGCAAUGUCUGACGCCUUCAUUAAAUGCAUUCCAUUGCACCAUAUUUGGCGGUGUUUUCCAUUCUUCUAACAUUAUCCUUGAGGGCGGAAUGUGCCGUCCUGUAUAGUUCAGAUGAUACUUCGAAACCUUUUGUAUGCUGACUGACCUCUAAGAUACUGAUUUCUAUCGUGAGAUAGUCGUUAAAUUAUGAAUGAACUUAGAUUCUUCUGUUUUGA